CACUUGGCCGCGCGGCUGGGGUGGGAGGAAGAGGGCCCCAUUCCAGGGUGAAGCUGAGGCGGCGGAGGUACGGGUAGCGCUUCGGUCCGUGAGUGCGAGCGAACCUCGGCGGCAGUUUGGACGCUCUCUCCAUCUUUCUGCAGUGAAUGGCGGCGGGAUGGAGCACGAGGGGAGCGGCGGCAGCGGGGGGUCGGCCGGGCUCCUACAGCAGAUCCUCAGCCUGAAGCUUGUGCCACGGGUGGGCAACGGGACCCUGUGCCCCAACUCCACUUCUCUCUGCUCCUUCCCAGAGAUGUGGUAUGGUGUGUUCCUGUGGGCACUGGUGUCCUCUCUCUUCUUCCAUGUCCCUGCUGGAUUACUGGCCCUCUUCACCCUCAGACAUCACAAAUAUGGUAGGUUCAUGUCUGUAAGCAUCCUGUUGAUGGGCAUCGUGGGACCAAUUACUGCUGGAAUCUUGACAAGUGCUGCAAUUGCUGGAGUGUACCGAGCAGCAGGAAAGGAAAUGAUACCAUUUGAAGCCCUCACCUUGGGCACUGGGCAGACAUUUUGUGUAGUGGUGGUCUCCUUCUUAAGGAUUUUAGCUACUCUGUAGCAUAUACCCUUAGGCCAUGAUGCCGAACCUAAAUUUGAGAGCCUCCUCACAGAAAGAAUACAUUAUGGAAUGUAGAGUUUUCUUAAUUCUUCAAGUGGAGGAAACUUGGAUGAAGAAGUAUGUGAAAAAUGAAACAUCUCAGCCCUUCCUUCAGUUGAAAGUUCCAGGAAUUGAAGAUCUUUCUGGACUCCCUAUUGUUCGCAACCAAAACCAAUUAAGUUUCUAAG